GCCCUUGCGGUGAAGCUUUGGAGAGACCAGUCGGAGGCAGAGCUCCUGGCCGCCCGAGGCGAUGCCAGGCAGCUCCGCAACGUCUCCAUCGAAGAGGGUCGGGAGGCCGACCGCCACCCAUUCGAGGGCAUCGGUGCCCUUAGUGCGGGUGCAUCCUCGAGGCUUCUCCAGGAUUAUCCGGCUGCGCAAAAGGAAGUGAUCCUGGACUUGCUGUUCAAGCCACAGUACGGUGCUUCGCUCCAGAUACUGAAGGUUGAAAUCGGCGCGGACACGCAGUCGACAGACGGGACGGAGCCUUCGCACAUGCGCUAUCGAGGCGAGAAAGCAGACUGCCUACGGGGCUACGAGGCCUGGCUGCUUAAGGAGGCGAAGGUGCGGAACCCCGACAUCCGGACAUACGGCCUUGCCUGGGGCGUUCCGGGCUGGAUCGGAAAUGGCACCUUCUUCAGCAAGGACAACAUCUUUUACCACGUGUCCUGGCUGAAGUGCAUCAAGGAGACCCUUGACAUUGAAAUUGACUACGUCGGAAUUUGGAACGAGCGAGAUUGGGGUGCAGCUUGGUACGUGUCCGAUCUUGCUGCCGCAAUCAAGGAAGCAAACUUGACAACCAAGCUGGUCAUGCUCGAUGCGGUUGAUUCACAGGUAAAGCAGGACUUCCUGAGCAAAUUCGAGGAAGAUGAGCGGUUCCAGGAGCUGAUCUCGGCAGUUGGGCUGCACUAUCCCUGCAACGGCAAUGAGCAGCUCAGCGAAGCACUGCGGCGGCACCCUUCCACACGCUUCUGGGCAUCGGAGGAGACCUCGACGGUGGCCGACUGGGGCGGCGCUGGGUGCUGGGGCAGGAUGAUCAACCAAAAUUACGUUCGGAUGAACGCGACCUCCUCGAUAGCUUGGUCCUUGAUUUGGAGCGUCUACCCGAACUUGGAGUGCUUCGGGAAUGGCCUCCUCUAUGCCUUUGAGCCAUGGAGUGGUCAUUACGAGGUCAUGGCACCAGUGUGGAUGUCAGCUCACACCACGCAGUUCACCAAAAUCGGCUGGGUCUAUCUGCCGGCUGGUCAGGGUGCCGGCAACUUGCCGGAGGGUGGGACCUAUGUUACCCUUGCCAGCGCCGACCUGGUAGACUUCACUGUGGUUCUCGAGACCUUGCAAGGCACCUGCAUGUACAAUGACGGAUGCUUACACAGCAUCAAGGCGCAGAAAACGCAGAGCCUUCAGCUUCAGCUCAGCAGCAAGCUGGCCGCAGCGGCUCGGGGUCGAAGCCUUGAGGUCUGGGCAACGAAUAGCAGCCACUGGUUUCAGCGAUUGCCUGACAUGCAAGUGACCGAGAAAGGCUUCUUGAGGAUCGACGUGCCCGUGGACGCGAUCAUAACCAUCAGUACUCUCGGAACUGCCACCAAGCAGGGAAACCGCACCGCAGCUGCAACUUUGCUGGAGGCGCAGGUGCCGCCACAACAGCCGUUCCCUUUUCCUUUUCUCGAGGACUUUGAGUCGCAGCCCCUCUACCGAGCUGCUGCUUUCUUUGCAGACCAGGGUGGUGCUUUCGAGGUGGUCGAGGCGCCAGCCGCUGCUGCUGACAGGAGCGAUCCUCAAACGACACGCGUUCUCGAACAACAGGUCACCACACCCCCGAUCGGCUGGGGACCUGCAACUCAGCCAAUGACUCUUCUGGGAGACGUCAAUUGGACCGACCUUUCAGUCAACGUCGCCGCGCGCUUUACGAGUCCUACACCUGGCCUGUUAUUGCCAUUCGGCCACUUCACACCGCUUGUGCCUUUCGGCCAUGCCAUGGGGAGCAACUUCGCGUCUUUGGGUGGGCCGGGAGUGCUGGAGCCGUCUGUUGAGUCCACAACGCCAGACGAGGUGCCCACGCCUAGGCAAGUCGUCCUUUGCCUGCGGGCAUCUCGCUACACCUUCUUUGGUGCUACCGGCGGUCAGACUGAAGGCUACUGUGUCCGCAUCAUCCAGAACAACACCUCCUCGCGCCCGGCCUGGUUGCUGACGAUCUCUUCGAAGAUCGUGGAGUCAGGGUACCUCAGCUCGGAGGCUUCUCAGAAGGUUGUGCACGGAGGCUGGCUGCAGCUGCGGAUGAAGGCCUACAAAGCCCGGAUCUCCGCAUUCGUCGAAGGCGAGAAGGUUGCCGAGAUCGUCGAUGUCAGCUAUCCACUCGGACAGGUUGGCCUUGGUUGCGGCUACCACAAAUGCCAGUUUGACAACCUGGAGGUGCGGCCAGUGAAGGGCAAGCCAGUCACGGGCCUCCUCGCGGCUUCCCGACCGCUCCUGAAGCAGUACGAUCCAGUAAUGUUUCACUACAAUGCACGCAGUUGCGAGCCGUCGCCAACCCCAACCAGAACGCGGACGGACUUCACCGGAUUGAUUGGCUUAGCCUUUGUGCCCCGGCAGCCAACUGCGGUGACGGCAUUGGGCCGAAUGGCGUUGCGGGGCAGCCAGUCGCUCUUUGCAGCGCACAGCGUUGAGCUUCUGGAGCUGGAUGAAAUCACUGGUCUUCACCUCCUGGCGGUGGUAGCCGUGUCUACAUUGGACACGCAGCAGGCCGGAGUCGUCACCACGGACGACGGAUUCCACUAUGCGCUGCUCGAGAAACAGGUCGUCUUGCAGCCGAACAAGACGUACGUCUUGGCCUCGUCCGAGCUGAAGGAUGGAGAUUCCUUCUUCGACGAGGGCGGCGUCGCCGCGCCUUCCGAAGGCCUUGACAUCCUGGGCCCUGUGUACGCAGACGAGCAAGAUGGAUGGCACUUUGAGGCAUACCCCAACAUGCUGUAUGGGCCUUUGAAUGCUCUCCUCGUGCCCGCGACAGAGGUGUCCGACGGUUCUCAGCCGUCUCAGCCAAGUCCAGGGCCUGAUGCCGGUGCAGCGCCGACAGUGAGGCAGAAGCAUUCAGACCCACCCGCGCAGCGUUUGCCCAGCCAGGCCAACGCGGAGCAGGUGUUCUUCAGACCCGCUGCGCAUGAUGCAGCCAAGCUGGCCCUGAAUGGUGAGGCAGAACCGAAAUGGAGAGUUGAGGUGGUGGAGGACAAAACUGUUGAGGAGAAAGAGCUCGGAGAGAUCAGCUGA